CUUUCAGAUUCCUUCUUAGCCAUCUCUAUCUCUUUCUUCUCUCUCUCUCUCUGUGCAAAAAGCAAAAAGCCAAAAGCCCCUGUACUUCAUAUAAGCACCAGGAAAAAUGAUUAAGCUAUUCAAAGUGAAGGAAAAGCAGAGAGAGAUUGCAGAAAAUGCAAAUGGAAAGCCACCUGUCAAGAAGAAAACUGCUGGAGAAUUGCGUCUUCACAAAGAUAUCAGCGAGCUGAACCUACCAAAAACAUGUACUAUAUCGUUCCCCAAUGGCAAGGAUGAUUUGAUGAAUUUUGAGGUUACAAUCCGGCCUGAUGAAGGAUAUUAUGUGGGUGGUUCAUUUUUGUACUCCUUCCAAGUUCCUUCUGUUUACCCUCACGAGGCACCAAAGGUCAAGUGCAAGACGAAGGUGUACCAUCCUAAUAUUGAUUUGGAAGGAAAUGUCUGUCUCAACAUUCUAAGAGAAGAUUGGAAGCCUGUUUUGAAUAUAAACACCAUAAUAUAUGGACUGUUUCAUCUUUUUACGCAACCCAAUUAUGAAGAUCCCCUCAAUCAUGAUGCUGCUGCCGUUUUAAGAGACAACCCAAAGUUGUUCGAAACCAACGUGAGGAGGGCAAUGGCUGGCGGUUAUGUGGGGCAGACCUUCUUUGCCCGGUGCAUGCAUUAAUGUUAUUUGUUUGAGCGCCAUAUCCUUUGGUUGAAGAUUCAAGGCCUGUACAUUUUGGUCACAAGGCUUCUUUCCAAUGUGGCCAUCGCCCUGUCAAGACGCUAGUGCUUCAUAAUCAGGCAAGGCCCACCUGCCGUAAGGUGCAUCUACAUGCUUCUAGAACUUUGUGGCAUGCUUGUGAUAUGCUCAGAAACUUCAUAACUUUUUGUUGUUUAAUAUCAAUCAUUGGAAGGUGCUGGACUUGGAAUUUAGUAACGUUACCUUGUGUACUCAUUUCUGUUAUCUUUCAGAGGUAAGAACUUAUUUCUCGCCGCCAUGUUGAUAAGGUGACUUGUGUCUGUAUUGUAUACUACAACCUGCAUGUUCUCCUGACAAUAUUUGUG